UAUGAUGACCGAUCUGAAUAUAAUGCGGACGACACACGCGCACUCGUUUCAUAUUAUGAGCUGCGUCAGAGAAACACGUUGUAAUAUCCAAUUUCUUACGAGAUGUGGACUUGAAUAAUUGUAAGACACAUUAUGAAGGGUUGCCUAUGUGCGGGAGGAUUAUAUCGAGCACCCGGGAAAAUUUGAACUUGAAUUCGAAUUCGCAAAUACAGCAGCAGCACACUCUCCCUUUCUGUCUUGCUAUUUAGACGCACGCGUCAACUAACGGGUAUAUCUUAGGGGCGUCCAAUCAAUACGACGUUAUAUGUAUGUUUUAGGGUGGAUACCAUACCAUAAGCUAGUCACACAAGUGAGCUUCGAGGUGCAUACUUGAUGCCGGAAACCACACCUUUAUUUCCUGUCUCCUGUUCCAUAAGUGCAACCCUACAUAUACACUUAGAUAUUUUCCUGCUGCUGUUCCGACCUUUCUCCCUUUUAUAUACAAAAAGGGGGAAAUUUCACUUUAGCUCGCAUUGCCUUUCUUGGCGAAAGGGUGAAAGAGAUCUCCGGCGAAAGAACCUUUUUUUUAAUACGAGUGAGAAGGGUAGCAACUUUAUUUCUACAAAUAAUGGAAUUAAAGGAGAAGGUUGCCCUGGUAACAGGGGCAGCCUCCGGUAUUGGAAAGGCAUAUGUCGAGGAAUUAUUAAAUCAAGGGGCAAUGGUUUCAAUCUGUGAUAUUAACAAUGAAGCUGGAGAAGAAUUAGUUAAUACUCUUGCGGUUAAACAUGGCAAAAAUAGAGUCAUGUUUUCUCACUGUGAUGUAACUGACUAUUCCCAAUUUGAAGAAUCUUUCGAGGCAACUCUCGCAGCUUAUGGAAAGAUUGAUAUUGUCGUCAAUAAUGCAGGAAUUAUGAAUGACAGAUUUUGGGAGCUGGAAGUAGACAUUAAUCUUAAUGGAGUGAUUCGAGGAACACUUUUGGCACAAAGAUACUUAGGUACAGAUCGAGGCUACGGCGGAGGUGUUGUGGUUAAUACCGGAAGUAAUUGCAGUAUACAUCCUUACGUUAGUGUUCCUAUUUAUUCAGCCACAAAAUCUGCAAUUGUCAGUCUCACCAGAGCAUUUGGCGAUCAGUAUCAUGUGGAGUUAACCGGCGUGAGAGUAAUGGCUCUUUGUCCAAAUGCCACUAACAGUAAUUUGGUUCGUGAUGUCGGUAAACAAUUACUUUCACCUAGGUACGAAGAUGCUUGGCGUCGCGAUACAGUUUCCUCCGUUUCUCAAAAAGCUGAACACGUGGCAAAAGCUUUAAUUCAUAUAUUAAAUAAUGGAAAAAGCGGAAGCGUUUGGCGCGUGGAAAAUGGACAAACUCCACGAGAAGUUUGCUUUCCAAAAGCUUAAAUCUCUUGAUUUGUAAAAUACUGCAAAAAUUUUCUUUUAAAUGCUUUAAAUUUCAGUACGAAAAAAGGGAGGAAAAAUAUCAAACGAUAGUAUUUGACUAUAUAAUUAACGCACAAGGUCCAUUGAUAAACAAUGAUUGCUCUACAAAAAAAACCACGCUCACUUUUUUAUAAAAUAUUUCUCAUUUUCUUUUUUACUAAGAAUUUUACAAUAUUUGUAAUUUUCUAUUAGCGAUUUUCUAUUAGUAAUUUUCUAUUAGAGAUUUUUGUAUUACAUUUGUAAUUUUCUAAAUAUUACAAUAUGAUCAUCAUAAUGAUUAUUAUCAAAUUGACAAAUUUCUGAAUUUAUCUAAAUAUAAUAUUAAAUAUCAAAUAUCGAAAAUAAUAAUAAUAAUAAUUAAUAUUGAGAGUAGUAGAAAAAAAAAUAUCGAGAAAAUAUUCACAAUCAUUCAUUAGAAAGUCAUUCCGGACCAAAGACAUAUACGAAAAAGUUGAUGGUAUAAUAAACUAUUAAAAAAAAUAUAAAUAUGUAACCAGAAAUUUUGUAGUUCGAUAAAAAAAUGCUUUUUAAAAAGAAAUGUCAUUCUGUACAAAGAGAAUCGCGUAGUUCACGGUACGUUUUUUUUUAUAAACUUAUUACGUACUUGAAAAUUUUCUUUUAUUAACAAAAAAAAAAAGAUUAUUAACUUCUAGUUAUCCAAAUGUAUCAAAAUUGACUAAAAUUACCGAAAGUUAAAAAUUUAGUUGAAUAAAUAAAUUCUAAAGAUCAAUCAUCAAUUAAUUAAAUUAAACAAAUUAUUAAUUAAGUUAUUUUUAUAAAAUAAAUUUUUCUACUUAACAAUUAUUUGCUAAUUCCAAUAAGCGAGUGCCAAGAGAAAAAAAAGUAAUAAUAUUCGCAAAAAAAGUGAUUUAUUUUUUAUAUUUUUAUUUCCACCGUUUUUUCACUUAAAAAAAUACAAACGUCCGAAAAACUGCUUUAGUGGAAUAAAUUUACAUUAUACGAAAUUUAUAAAACGUCCUGAAAAUUUUAUCUCUAGAUUGUGAUAUACGUUUAUUUACAAAGUGAGACUAAAAUAUUCAACAUUUUUUUACGUAAAUUAAUUAAUUGCCAUUAUUUUCAAAUCAAUAUGCCAUAUUAAAUAGAAAAUUAAUUGACUAAU